CUGGCAUGGUGAUGAUGAUGCUGAUGCGCCUGCUUCCGUGGAGAUGAGAUGAUCAACAUUCAACGCUCACUUCAAGGAGGGAGCAAGCACUAAUGGUGCUGGAAGAAUGGACUUAAUGAAUGGACAGUCGAGCAAUGCUGCUCUCAAUGCUAAUGUUUCUGAGAAAAGCAGCAGCUCAGAAUCCCUGAGUGAUAAAGAUUCAGCUGCCCUAAAGAAAAGCUUUGAUGCUGUCGUGUUUGACGUCCUCAUGGUCACUCCAGAGGAAUAUGCCGGUCAGAUAACACUAAUGGAUAUGCCGGUUUUUAAAGCCAUUCAGCCAGAGGAAUUAUCAAGCUGUGGAUGGAACAAAAAGGAAAAGUACAGUUCUGCACCAAACGCUGUGGCCUUCACUAGACGAUUUAACCAAGUGAGUUUUUGGGUAGUGAGAGAGAUCCUUCAUGCGCAAACACUAAAGAUACGUGCUGAAGUUUUGAGCCAUUACAUUAAAACUGCCAAGAAACUCUACGAGCUGAACAACCUUCAUGCAUUAAUGGCUGUGGUAUCUGGGUUACAGAGUGCUCCCAUCUUCCGGCUAACCAAGACAUGGGCACUUUUGAGUCGGAAAGACAAGACAACGUUUGAGAAACUGGAGUAUGUCGUUAGCAAGGAAGAUAAUUACAAACGGCUAAGAGACUAUAUCAAUAGCUUGAAGAUGACUCCUUGUAUUCCAUAUUUGGGUAUGUACCUCUGUGACCUCACAUAUAUAGAUUCUGCAUAUCCAUCCACUGGCAGCAUCCUGGAAAACGAGCAGAGAUCGAAUCUAAUGAACAAUAUACUGAGGAUCAUCUCUGACCUGCAGCAGUCCUGUGAAUAUGAUACUCCCAUAUUGCCUCAUGUACAGAAAUACCUAAACUCUGUGCGAUACAUUGAGGAGCUCCAGAAGUUUGUAGAGGACGAUAAUUAUAAGUUAUCCCUGAAAAUUGAGCCUGGGAGCAGCACUCCGCGCACUACAGCAUCUCGUGAGGAUCUAGUUGGUCCUGAAACAGGAGCCUCGCCUCAAAGUUCUAGGAAAAGUAUUGCUGUAGAAGGUGUAUUGUUACCACCAACACCACCAUCUCCUCGUAAUCUCAUCCCCCAUGGGCACCGCAAAUGCCACAGUUUGGGAUAUAACUUCAUCCAUAAAAUGAACACUGCAGAGUUUAAAAGUGCAACGUUUCCAAACGCAGGGCCACGGCACUUAUUAGAUGACAGUGUAAUGGAGCCCCAUACACCUUCCCGGGGGCAGGCAGAAAGCUCUACUCUUUCUAGUGGCAUAUCCAUAGGGAGCAGUGAUGGCUCUGAGCUCAGUGAAGAUAUGUCAUGGCCAGCAUUUGAAAGGAACAGAUUGUACCAUUCUCUGGGGCCGGUGACACGAGGGACAUGGAAUGGCUAUCGAGGCCCAAUGAAAGCCAGCAGCUCUGCAGAUUCAGCGGAACUAGCAAUGCAUUUAUAUCCUGGGUCAGCCACCAUACAGGGGGUCUUGCGACGGAAGACCUUAUUAAAGGAGGGCAAAAAGCCAACAGUGGCAUCGUGGACCAAAUACUGGGCAGUACUGUGCGGUACACAGCUUAUAUACUAUGCAGCAAAAUCUCUAAAAGCCACAGAACGGAAGCAUUUCAAGUCCACAUCUACAAAAAAUGUAUCGGUUCUGGGCUGGAUGGUGAUGAUGGCUGAUGACCCUGAACACAAGGAUCUCUUUCUACUCACGGACUCUGAGAAAGGAAACUCUUACAAGUAUCAGGCCGGGAACAGUGCAAAUGCCAUGCUGUGGUUCAAACAUCUAAGUGCUGCCUGCCAAAGCAACAGACAGCAGGUUCCUGUCAACUUGAUGACCUUCGAGUGACAUAUCCAGCAUUUUUAUCACAGCCCUGUCUCCACUGUACAUGAGACCCUCAGGGGCUCGGGAACAAUGAGUCCAUAAACUUAUAAAGCUCCCUCACCACCUGCGGGCAGCAGCACCUUAAAGCAAUGAACAAACCAGAUCCAGGUUUUCGCACUGACAGCGAGGAGGGCAAGGAACGUGAUCCACCUCUUUGCAAUCCAUCCUAUGACAACCCUGCGCAGGACAAAAACAUGCUCUUGCAGACAGACAGGAACAGCCAUGGACCUCAUUUUGAGAUUGCCUAUGUAUAUAGGCGUAGACUUUUCCUUUUUUCUUUGUUUUUCUUAAUUGUUCACUGAACCACUGCCUUAAAGACAAACUAAAAACAAAAAUGUGAGUGUUGAAAUGUAACACCAAAUAGUGUGCGCGUAAAUGUGUGUGUGUGUGAGUCUGAGUGGAUUCACUUGAGUGUAAUACACAGUCCUUUGUGACCGUGUUUUGUUAAGCGUUUAUUAAUUGUCAAACUCACUGUUACGCGGGAAAGAAGUGUUGCCCUUUUUGGGUUUUUUAUAUAUGUAUA